GGCUGGGUCCUUAUAGAAGUGCGUCGCGACGCGGCCGCCAGUUUUGUCCCGCCGCCCUCCGGAUAUCAUCGUUCAGCAUCAUGAGAUUCCUCUUAUUAAUACUCAUCGUAGCGCCCGUGCUAGGAACGGAAAUUCAUAGUCACAUCCGUGUACGGAGGCAACACGGAAACGUACGAGCUUUUAACCAGGCUCCUGCAGCGAUCAAACAGAUAUUAGCGUCUCAGCUGGCUCGUGAGCCGAUCGUCCAUCUUCCGCCGCAGCCAGUGCCAAAUCUGUCACCCUCCAAGCCUAUCGAGCCUCAGGUUAUAACUCAGGGCCAGCUGUCUCAGUAUCAGCCGAAAAUACAGGUCGGCCAAGCACCUCCGCAGCCGAGUUACAAGCAGAUUCCCGUAAGACCGGCCCAGUAUUCGCCGCCACCUUCCGCUCAGUCGCAGUACAAUCCCCAGUACCGCACCAAUUAUCCUCAACCACAGCCGCAGCCACAGCCGCAAACGCAGCAAAUCGCCUCGUCCAAUUAUCAGUACUCCAAUAAUCUGCCGCCGCAUCUUCAACAGCUCGUACAGCUCCAGCAGAACUUGCCUAACUCAGUUCCGCAUCAAGGAUAAUCGAUCAUCUACAGAUAUCAACGUCGAUAUCGUAUUGUAUCCGCUUCCGUGCCGCUUCCACCGAUCGUAUCAUCCGUCAUGUAUCAUCACAUUCAUUGCUUAUCAUCUGAUUCCGUAGCCGAAGAAUUCGUAAUGCAUUGCGACGUCCUUCCUAAACGGAUAGCGGAAUGUAAAAUACGAGGUCAUUACUAGUAAAUUUUUUAUUUGUAUAAAUAUCUUUUGCAAGUCCGUGUUAACUCACAUUAAGAUAAAAUAAUGAUAAAUCGAUAGUAAAGUACUGAAAUCUGUGUUUCUUGCUUUCUUAACAGCCGUGAAAGAAAACGUUGAACAUUUGAAAAAGUUGUAUUUAUGAUAAUUUGUGUUAUGCUUCCAUCAUUUAUUUCAUUCUAUUCUCAUUUCAUGUCAGUUUAUUCAUUUCAUGUAUAAACAAAACUCGCUGAGAUUUUCAUACUGAUUUGUAGAUUUUGGAAUAUGUGUAUUGCACAUGUAAAGUCAAAAGAGACAUCUCAUAUGAAUAAACUUGUCAAAAGAAA